UAGGAGUAGUACAAUUUACAUACAGUUCGUCUGUAUCCGUCGUUUUCAUCCCUGAAACUGGUCUCUCUCUCUCUCUCUCUCUCUCUUUCACACACCCACACACAUACUUGUCGCCGCAGUAGAGUCGAGAGAUCAACGAAAAGCGCUCUCUCUCUCUCUCUCUCUCUAAAACCUCCCUUGCGAGACUCUUCAAUGGCUGAACCACACCGCCGAAGAUGAAAAUCCCCUCCGAAACCCUAGACCUGGUUCGAGAUUCAGAUCUUCGGACUAAGUCUCAGAAGCCGCCGCGCCGGAAAUCGAGGAGCCCGGCCGGAGUGAGGCUGAAAAGGGUCGGAGGACCGGCGGGGAGGCGGAGCAGGCCCGAGACGCCGGAGAAGUUUCACAGCGGAGACAAAUGCAGGAGUGGUGAUGGCAAGGAGGAGAGGCUGUGGCCGGAGGCCGGUCGGAAGCUUUCUUCGAGAGAGCUUGCGGCGGUACUGUGGAGGUUACGUUUGCCGGAGGUAGCCGGAUCCGGUGGCGAGCGGUCUAGUCUGCCCAAGAACGGUCGGUUAGGGCUUCAGUAUGGAGCCAGUCAUACUGUGGUGCCGUUUCUCGGUCAUCAGACUCAUCACAAUAGGAGGGCGCAUAAUUCUGGGGGAAAGGAUCUGAUGCAGAGUCCCCGUUCAAUCUCUGGUCCAAGAAAUGGGUACAUGUACAAGUUCGAACCUCUACUUCGAUUUUCCAACCCUGCUAUGGAGGGGGCGACAAAAUGGGACACUAUGUGCUUGAAAACAGCAGACGAGGUACAACUAAUUUCUGACCGCUCAAAACAUCUUGACCGAGAAGCAAAUGCCGUCUCAGCAAUAUCUGCACUCAAGGUAGAACUUAAACAAGCUAAAACUCGUAUCCAUGAGCUCGAGACAGAGAGACAGUCCUCAAAAAAGAAACUUGAGCACUUCUUAAAGAAACUCAGUGAGGAAAGGGCCACAUGGCGGAGUAGAGAGCAUGAGAAAAUCCGUGUGAUUAUCGAUGACAUAAAAUCUGACUUGAACCGGGAGAGGAAAAAUCGUCAGAGGUUGGAAAUGGUAAAUUCCAAGAUGGUCAAUGAGCUUGCUGAUGUCAAGUUACUGUCGAAGCGAUAUAUGCAGGAGUAUGAGAAAGAGAAGAAGGCUAGGGAGUUAAUAGAGGAAGUAUGCGAUGAGCUUGCCAAGGAAAUUGGAGAAGACAAGACUGAAGUAGAAGACUUGAAGAGGGAAUCCAUGAAACUCCGUGAGGAAGUGGACGAAGAGAGGAAAAUGUUGCAGAUGGCUGAGGUGUGGCGUGAAGAACGGGUUCAGAUGAAGCUGGUUGACGCGAAGGUGAUGGUUGCAGAGAAGUAUUCACAGAUGAACAAGUUAGUAGCAGAUUUAGAGACUUUUUUAAGUUUGAGAAAUGAAAUCCCAGAUGGGGAGGAAACCAGAAAAGCAGAAUUCCUUCGAAAGGCUGCUGCUGCAGUAAAUAUCCAAGGAAUCAAGGAAUUUGCGUACGAGCCUCCGAACCCAAAUGAGAUUUUCUCUGUUUUUGAAGAUGUCAAUUGCCGUGAGGCCAAUGAGAGGAGGGAGGUCGGAGAUUGCAGUGGAUCCAGUCAUGUCAGUUGUACAUCCGGGGUUCGUACUAUGAGUCGUGAAGCUAACAUGUUUAAUGAAGACCGUCUGCUGAGACCUUCAAAUUCAUGUUUUGAAGAGAGUGGUGACAUGGAAGAAGAUGACAGUGGGUGGGAAACUGUGAGCCAUGUAGAUGAUCAGGGUUCAAGUUCUUCACCUGAGGGGAGUAACCCAUCCGUCAACAAGAUUGGAUGGGAAGAUAAUGCAUGUGAAUAUACACAAAUAGCAGAAAUUCGUGAAGUUACUGAAUUUGCAAUGAGAAAUUCGAAGACGGUGCCAUUUGCAUCUCGGAUUUUGAAAUCAUGCCCAAAUAGUGGUGAUAACUGCAAGAUAAUUGCAGGGGAAGGGAUGAUGAAUGGAAGGAUCUCCAAUGGCAGCAGGCUUUCAAGUGGGGCCAGCAUUUCUCCGGAUAGAGGUUCAGGUAAAGGCACGGUUAGUCCCCAGGAUUUGGCGGGGCAAUGGAGCUCACCUGAAUUGGGGAAUCCACAAAUAACUCAAGGGCUGAAAGGGCCCAUUGAAUGGCCGCGUGGGGUGCAGAAGAGUAGUUUGAAAGCUAAGCUUUUGGAAGCCAGGAUCGAGAGUCAGAAGAUGCAAUUGCGUCAAGUUCUUAAGCAGAAGGGUUAGCCAUGCCGAGUACGAAAUCAGCUGGAAAUGGGUUAUUUUCUUUUACAACCGGCCAAGGUUUCCCGCAUUCUCUCCCGUAAGAGCUUCCAUCUUGCUGCUUCGGAUUUAUCAUCUUUGUCGAACAGGCCACGAGUUGUACUCAAAUGUGAUGUAUCAUGCAUUUUUUUUUUGCUUUGUUAGGGUUUAGCAUCCCCAUAGUAAGUGAUGCAUAAAGCAGCUUAUGCUAAUUGUACCUUCCUAUUGAUCAAAAUCUGGCACAGCCAAUGAAAAAAGAAAUGUUAGUCUAGAAA